CACACCUUAUAAGUAGCAUCAAACGUACCUAAUAGAAUUUUAUUAAAUUGUUUUUAUUUUCGUUUUUUUUUUUUAUAUUGUUAAAGUCUUGUAUAAAAAGAACAAAAAUGAAACGAAAUGUUUUAACAACUGCUGAUGUACAAAAAGAGCAACUUUUUUUAGUUCAACUCGAGCGUGAAUUAAAUACUAUCUUAGGAAAAAUUAAUGAAAAUCUCAAUACUUUGAAAGUUGAAGAGCUGCAACUAAGAUCUCAGGCAGUGAAUAUGUUGGCUCCUCACAGCACUUCACAUAAGGUUGAAGCUAUAGCCAAACAAGAGGCUCCCCCUGUUUUCAAUGACAAUCCAGAAGUAGUGAAUCAACAAGAAAUUGACUUAAACAUUUUACUAAAAAAUAUCAACGAAGAAGAGGAGGAUUGAAUAGACGUUUCUGAAUAAAAUCAAAAUCAUUUUUAUUACUUAUUAGUUAUUAUCUAUAAAAUAAAGUAUUUCAAUAUUGUA